CAUUCUCUCCCGCAGUCUGCUGACACAGAUUAUUAUUGAAGUUUGUCAUUUUGGAACAGACUGAAAAUGAGCCCUUUUAUAUUUCUGGUUUUAUUGAUGAGUUUCGACAAUAUUCCUGAAAAAUGCCAUGGCAAUCCAAUACAUGACCAAGUUCUUUCCAUCAAACCUAUUACAUCUGAGCAAGUAGACAUACUGAGGAACAUAACCAGCAGCAAUGAGACGGUGUUGUGGCAGCCUGCCUCACCAAGCUACAUCACAGAAAAAACAGAGGUCCAUCUGUACGUGCCGGUGUCCAGCGUGAAGACUGUUACAGACCAACUGAGGGAGAAUGGCGUCACAUACAGCGUGGUUUUGGAGGACACUCAGGAGCUGAUCGAGGACCAGAAAAAGAACAAUUCGGCAAACCCUCGCAUGAAGGGGAUGUUUUUCGAAAGCUAUCACUCUUUGGAAGACAUCUACCACUGGAUAAACAAGACAAGCCAAGAGUACUCACACAUGGCAACGCUGAUUCUGAUUGGUUCUUCAUACGAGAAGCGGCCUCUUUACAUGCUGAAGUUGUCUGUACAGAAUGGUGUUUCAAAGAACGCAGUGUGGAUGGACUGCGGUAUCCAUGCCAGGGAAUGGAUCUCCCCUGCUUUCUGCCUGUGGUUUGUGAAUUAUGCAAUUACAUUCUACAAUGUCAAUAGUGACAUCACUGCGAUGCUGAACAACAUGGACUUUUACAUUUUACCGGUUAUGAACCCUGAUGGUUAUAAGUACACAUGGACUACGAACCGAAUGUGGAGAAAGAACCGUUCCAGAAGCAAAGACAGUGACUGCGUCGGAGCAGACCUUAACAGAAAUUUCGACGCCAACUGGUGCACUCAAGGCGCAUCUAAGAGGCCUUGCGACGAGACCUACUGUGGCGCGUACCCAGAGUCUGAACCAGAAGCGCAGGCAGUGGCGCAGUUCCUGCGCUCUCACAGGGACACCGUCAAAAUGUACUUCUCCAUCCACUCUUACUCUCAGAUGCUGCUCUUCCCUUACUCCUGCACUUACGACAGGGCAGAGAAUCACGACGAACUGCUGGCUCUUGUGAAGAAGGCAGCUGAAAGAAUACGGAUUUAUUACAGGAAUGUAUACAAAUUUGGUUCUGGUGCUGAAACAAUAUAUCUAGCACCUGGAGGAUCUGACGACUGGGCUUACAAACUGGGGAUUCCGUACUCUUUCACCUUUGAACUUCAGGAUCGGGGUCGAUAUGGAUUUCUCCUACCGGCAAAGCUCAUCAGCAAAGCCUGCAGUGAAGCUCUCUUGGCUCUCAAGACCAUCGUUCUUGGAGUUCUAGAGAAAAUACAAUUAUAACCGACAGGGAAUUGGAAAAACGCACAAAUAUAUAUGUAACUCACACAAAGAUUCAUCCAGUUCUGCAGUGUAAUUCGCUGUCCGUAAAUAAAAAUGUGAAAUUUUUCCCAAGGUUUUACACAACAGCACACUAACAAAAGAUACAUUUUGUUAAAUGUGGUUCUUCCAAGUACGAAGCCAUGUUUAGUUGUGGGCAAACAGAGGCGGAAUAUACAGAAAUACACAUGAUGCAAAAAACGGCAAUAAACUAAAUUUCUUUCAUUAA